AUGAGCACUCUAUUUACGGACGAGUUUCCAAUCACUGGUGUAAUUGAUGACAAUUUUCGCCGGUCUCUAGCCAAAAGAGCCCCUGAUAAUAUGAACGACUUACAAGAGAGAGCCGGGAAGUAUAUUAAGGCAGAGGAAAGCCCAAGGAAAUCCCAGAGUAACCGAGGGCCGAACACUAACUUUAAGAAACAUGGGAAUGAUGCCGAGUAUAACGCUGAGAAUAAAUAUGCCAAAAAGGAUGAUGAUGAGAAGUCGCCUGCUAAAAAGAAGGUAGGACCAAGGUUCACUGAAUAUGCUAGGCUCAAUGCGCCAAGAAGUCAAAUCCUAAUGGAGAUCGAAAAGGAUGAGAGUGUCCGAUGGCCGAAGCCCAUAAGGACCGACCCCGAGAAACGAAACAAGGAUUUGUAUUGUCGAUUCCACAAAGACACGGGGCAUAAAACCGAUGAUUGUCGGCAGCUGAAAGAUGAAAUUGAAUUCUUGAUCCGAAGAGGCAAGUUGUCCAAAUUCACCAAGGAUGGAGACAAAAAUUAUCGGGACAAUAACAGCCGUGGAAGAGACAAUGAUGAUAAGAGAACCCAGCCUCGAGGGCCUGUGAUUAACGUGAUCUCCGGAGGGCCUACAGCUGCCGGAACCUCAAGUAAUUCAAGGAAAGCUUAUGCGAGGGAAGUGAUGAGUAUAGUUGGAGAACCCCCGAAGCGGGCAAAAAUUGACUAUGCAAUGGCAUUCGAUAACGUCGACCUCGAGAAGGUAAAAUUCCCCCAUGAUGACGUGGGUGUGCGGCUAACCCUCUAUCAACGAUGGAAUAAAUAA